CACGUGACACUCGCUUCUCUCGAUAGCCGUGCACGCGCGUUUUUUUCAAACGCAACCAGCGACUGUUCAAAUCUGUCUUUCUCCUUUUCUCUCCGCUUUUGCACGUCCAGCCUGCCGACUGUUCUGUCCGUCCAUAGUAACUCGGCCUCUCUCGUAGUCGAUCCUGCUCUCGUUGAUGUUGGGUGGUUUUCGUUUGUUUGUUUGUCGAUCGUCGGUGUGAGUUGUGUGAAACUGGUGCAUGCGGUACGCUAGGCAUUAUCCCCGGGGCAGCAGCCGAUGGAGGAGCCGGCCGCGACGACGCCCUCGCCGGCGCCUCCUCAGCAGCAGCAGCAGCCGGAUCUGUUCACCAGUCCUCCGCGGGCAGCUCAGCAGCCGCAACCAGUGCGCAUACUUGGCAGGAACGUCAACGGCACCGUGGUGCAGACCUCGAUGCCACAGAACGAGGCCGAGCUGCAGCUCUACCGGGUGAUGCAGCGAGCCUCGCUGCUCGGCUACUACGACACUCUGCUGGAGAUGGGUGGUGACGACGUGCAGCAGCUGUGCGACGCCGGCGAGGAGGAGUUCCUGGAGAUCAUGGCGCUGGUGGGUAUGGCGAGCAAGCCGCUGCACGUCCGGAGGCUGCAGAAGGCCCUGCAGGAGUGGCUGACCAAUCCGGUGUUGUUUCAGACCCCGGUGAUAGCGCCUGCGGCAACCAGCAGCAGCAAGGCCCCGUCCACUCCGGUGGCGUUCCCGUGCCUGGGAGGCGGCAGCGGUGGCGGUGCCUUCAACCCGCGGCCGCAGCUGCCUUCCUCCACCUCCAUCACGGCGCAGAGCGCAAAGGCCAUGGCGGCGGCGGCGGCGGCGGCGGCGGCGGCAGCGGUGGCGGCGUCGGCCUCGGCGACGCCUGCUGCCGGUCCGCAGCAACAUCUGCCGAACCAGCCGGCCGCGGUGGCGAGUAGCGCCUGCUGCCCAGUCGCUCAGAGGAGGAAGAGCCUCAGUCCACCGCCGCCUGUGCUGUUCGCCGCCGGCGCCGCCGGACAGAUGCACGCCGAGGUCGCGCAGCCUCCGCCGGCGCUGUCACGUAGUCCGGGAAUCGUGCCGGUUGGCAGCUACGACACGAGCUCGUGCGGAAGUCAAGGCACGACGCCGAGCCCGACGGGCAGCAGCGCGAUGCUGGCGGCGCCGCCGAGCCCGACGGCGAUGCUCGGCAGUCAAACGACGCCGGUGCUGCUGGAGUCACAGGUGCAGCGACUGGCCGAGGCCGCCGAGCGGCUGGCCGCCAGUCUGCGCCCGCUCAAUCCCAAGCCGUCCAGCGGCGUCAAGAAGAAGAUGUGCAAGAACCUGGAGAUGGUGAUGGCGAUGCCGGACAGCGAGCCGCGGCGCAUGCAGGAGAUACGCAAGUACGCGGCGAUCUACGGGCGCUUCGACUGCAAGCGCAAGCCCGAGAAGCCGCUGACGCUGCACGAGGUGUCGGUGAACGAGGCCGCGGCGCAGAUCUGCCGCUUCGUGCCGGCUCUGCUGACCAGGAGAGACGAGCUGUUCCCGCUCGCGCGCAGAGUCGUGCGCGACUCGGGCCACUACUACACCAAGGGCCUGUUGCACACCUCGUCGAGCACGUCGCCGCGGGCGGCGCGCGAGAACGGCGACGGCGAGCUGUCGGCCGGCGACGAGGAGGCGACCAAGCGACGCAAGCUCGACGACGAGCCGAGCGCCAAGGACGCCGAGUCCGCUCAGCAGGCGGACAGCGGCGCGCCAAUCGGCUGCCUCGGCUUCGCGCGUAGCUCGCUCAUGGCCAUCGACUCCGACAGCAAUUCCAUGCACGUGCACCGCAAUCGACAUCGCAAGAGGCAGCGUCGACGCCGACCCAUCAAGCUCCUGUCCAAGUCUUUGUCGAGUCCAGUGUGGCAGUCGUGCAGCGAUAACAGCAGCAUCGUUUUGGACGGGAUCGGCGACGGACUCGAAGAAUCCAACGAUUGCUACUCUUCCUUCGAAGAAGAUUGGGACGAUUGCAAUGAGGAUGACUGCGACAACAAUUUUGGGAUCGAGUCGGACGAAGCCGCCGAGAACGACGGGGAUGAGGACAUCGAGGCUAGUUCGAUGUCCAGGCUACACGACGAGCAAAACAGACUGAACACCGAGGACGACGACGUCUCCUGUAUGACUGACAAAGAGAAUGAUUUCAACCUCAAGGUGAUCGCCUCGUGCGGAGAUAACAUCAUAGCCGUGGCCAAUCCCGCGCUGAUGAGUCGCGCCAACCAACAGCCGGCUGUGCUGACGAAGGAGCCGGUGCCGGCAAUCAAGGAGGAAAUUCUGCUGCGCGACAAAAGAGACUGAACUUUACCUACCGAGCAAUAAAUUGCGCUUUUUGCACUUUCAUCGAAGCUUCCAAUUGUCUUUUUUAUUAUUGUUUGGCGUUUUCUCUUUUGCAAUAUCGACCCGAGCCUCAUGUACAUAUUCGACGGAAAUUAAAAUAGUUUG